AUGCCCAAGUUUAAGCCUCGCCAACGAAAGCAGAAGCACCGGCAAAGGGAAGCUACGAAUGCUCCGGUCGAUACCAACGUCACCGAGAUAUUGCCCGUCGCCAAAAGCGAAAAGGAAGCGAAAAGACAGGAUCUCAGAGAGGAAUUGAGAUCGCAACAUGAAAAAAUUUCUUCCAAGAAACAGAAGCGUCUGGAUAAAUAUAUUGAAAACAAACUGAAGAAGGAAGAAAACCUCGAACUACUGAAGAAACUCGCACAGGCAAAUGUCGACACAUCCGGUUUACAAAGCUCCAGAGAUCUCGGAAGAGGCAAGAACGACCAAACUGAAAAACCAGCGACAUCUGCAACUGCCGGCGCAACGAAUGCGACUGCCCCCGACGCAGAGAUUUCCGACGAUGAUUUGGACGACUUGGAUCUGAAACUGAAAGCGGCCGCGAAGGAAAACAAAGUCGAAGACAUAGUCAAAAAGCCAGUGGACUUGCCAGGGGUUGGAAGUGGUUUGAAGCGCCCACUCGAUGUCGGCUCAGACGGUUUCCCGGUCAUCAAAAAGCGAAAGCAAACGAAAAAGGCAAAGCCGGCGCCGGCACCAGUAGCAGAAAUUCCAUGGGAGGGAUUCGGCUCAGAUGAUGAGUCCGAUGAUGAUAGUGACGAGGACGAUGUCUCAGAUAACUCCGAAAGCGAUGACGAAGAGGAGAGUACGUCUGACGAAGGAAGCGAGGAUUCUUCAGAAGAGUCAUCCGAGGAUACAUCCUCGGAUGAAGAUGAUGAAGAGGAAUCGACUACUAAGAUUAAGCCCCGCCAGUCCGCUUUCAAAUCCUGGGCAAAGCAACAAAUAAACGAUGCAAUCGGCUUCAACCCUAACACUGUACCAGUCACAGAGGAGGUACAAGCGUUUGAUCCCGAAAAAAGGCCAGUAAGAAAUACUGUCUUCGAGGAGGAACCGCUGCCUCCUGAGCUUCAAGUUACUCAGGGAAAUCCUUAUCGAAAGGCUUUUAGUGUUCAGGUCGACCGCCCAGAGGAAAUACAAAAUGCGCGCUUAGGGUUGCCGGUCGUUGGCGAAGAACAAAAAAUCAUGGAAGCUAUCCACAACAACUCUUCUAUAGUAAUCUGGGGAGCUACUGGAAGUGGUAAAACAACCCAACUUCCGCAGUUUCUAUUUGAGGCUGGUUAUGGCAACCCUGAUAGCCCCAACCCAGGCAUGAUCGCAGUGACCCAGCCACGCAGAGUUGCGGCUGUCAGUAUGGCAAAGCGUGUUGGGGAUGAGCUUGGACAGUUCUCCGACAAGGUCGCCUACCAGAUUCGAUUUGAAGGUUCAGCUUCUAGCAAGACUGCUAUCAAGUUCAUGACCGACGGUAUCCUUCUGCGAGAAAUUGCAGAAGACUUUUCUCUCAGCAAGUACUCCAUUAUUGUGAUUGAUGAAGCACACGAACGAAGCGUCAACACCGAUAUCCUCAUAGGAAUGGCCAGCCGUAUCGUGGAUUUGCGAAAGGCCAUGAGCGAAGAAGACCCAACUGUCAAGCCUUUGAAACUUGUGGUCAUGUCCGCGACGCUGCGAAUUUCUGAUUUUACGCAAAAUGCAAGCCUUUUCCGACAUGGAUCACCACCUUUAGUUCAGGCGGAGGGCCGUCAGUAUCCAGUUACUGUGCACUUUGCCAGACGAACGCAUCGUGAUUAUGUUGAAGAGGCAUUCCGGAAAGUCUCUAGAGGCCACCGCAAGCUUCCGCCUGGAGCCAUGCUUGUAUUUUUGACCGGACAAAACGAGAUCAAACAACUAUCUAAACGGCUUAAGCAAACAUUUAAGCCUACACAACGAGCCGAGGCAACACAGGCCAAGGUCCAACUGUCAGCAAACGAUGCACCGCUGGAAGCAGAAGACAUGGAAUUGGGUGGCGCAGAUAUAUCCAAUACUGCUAUUGGGGGCGACGACGAUGACGACAGCGAUCUGGAGAUUACUGGUCUUGACGAUCCUGAAGAAGAUGAUGAAUUUGAUUUGGGCGAAGAAGCAAUGGAUUCCUCUACUCGCGUUCAUGUACUGCCACUGUACUCUCAGCUUCCCACAAAGGAGCAGCUUAAGGUUUUUGAGACGCCACCGGAGGGUUCACGACUUAUCGUGCUGGCGACCAAUGUUGCCGAAACAAGUUUGACGAUUCCUGGCAUCAAGUACGUUUUCGAUUGCGGACGAGCCAAGGAAAAGCAGUACGACUUGUUUACUGGUGUGCAAAACUUCCAGAUUGACUGGAUCAGUAAGGCCAGUGCGAACCAACGAGCGGGGCGAGCUGGUCGAACUGGUCCCGGUCAUUGCUAUCGACUCUUCUCGUCGGCGGUGUAUGAACAGUUUGCCGAAUACACCGACCCAGAAAUAUUACGAACACCUAUCGAAGGUGUUGUACUGCAGAUGAAGAGCAUGGGCCUCCAUAAUGUUAUCAACUUUCCAUUCCCAACACCGCCCAGUCGUCAGGGUUUGGCGAAGGCCGAAAAAUUACUGAAGAACCUGGGGGCCCUAACGUCUGCAGGUCAGGUAACACAAAUCGGUCACCGUCUGUCAACAUACCCGCUAUCUCCUCGGUUUGGUAAGAUGUUGUAUAUCGGUCACCAGCAUGGCUGCAUGCCUUACAUCAUCGCGCUUGUGUCUGCUUUGGCGGUGGGAGACUUGUUCGUUCCGGAAAACCAGAUCGACCCUGUGUCUUCUAAAGAUAACGAGGGAGGGGUGUAUACAAACUCGGAUCGUCUCGAAGACACGGCUCGAGAGCAGCGUCACAAGGACUAUGCUAGGGCUCAGCGUCUGUUCAGCAAACACGAUGAUACUUCCGACGCCUUGAAGUCUCUUUCCUCAAUCUGCGCUUACGGCUACGCCUCUGAUGUGGAUUCAUUCUGUGAGCAGAUGUUCCUGCGCGCCAAGGCAUUCAAGGAAGCUACUCAGCUUCGACGCCAAUUGACGGAUAUCGUACGCAACAAUAACCCUGGCCUCGUUCCGGCAUACCAGGCUCGCCUGCCAGAGCCAUCGGAGAAGCAAAUCAAGGCAUUGAAGCAGAUUGUCACUGCCGGUUUCAUUGACAACGUUGCGAUCCGCGCUGACCUGGCUCCUGUUCCCCCAGAGAUGCAUCGUACCCCCAAGAGGGCAAUUGAUGUUCCCUAUCUUACACUUUUCCGGUCUCGUGAGGGACCGGCAAAUGAAUUUCAGGAGAAAGCAGUUUACGUUCAUCCGACAUCGCUCCUUGCGCGACUGACGCCCAAGGAGAUGCCACAAUACGUCAUCUAUUCUCAUUUGCAACAAUCUUCGCCAUCUUUGGUCUCAGAUCAAGUACCAAAGAUCCGGAUGUACCCUCUGGUUACGCCAAGCGGAUUGCAACUCUCUGCAAUUGCGCACGGCACACCGCUGCUCGAGUAUGGAAAGCCAAUUGGCAAAACAGAGAACCUGGAUGGAAUCCCCGCGCGCCGCGCAUGCUGGGUGAUUCCGUCCCUGAUUGGAGAGGCCGGAAGCACAGGCUGGCCAAUGCCCGCCAAAAAGGUGGUGCAAAGGAAGGACCCGAAAGAGGGCUGGGUUAUUGAAAAAUUCACCUCUUGA